AGCCACUCUGGGUCAACAUCUUUCCUUGGAGAACACAAAUACACUUUUCAACAAUGCAGGUCGUUUUACGGAGAAUAUGCGUACAAAGACUUUAAACAAAUAUUAUUCUAGUGCCAUUCAAAGUAACAAUUUUAUGUUCUUUACUCUUUACUGACUGGAUUCAAGGGCAAUAACCAUUGUGUAUUGGUAACGAGACCCAACUUGAUUUCGCAGACAGAAAAUAUCGUAUUACUAAAUGCGAGUAAAAACGUACAAUGAAGGAAGCUUGAUGACAUCGAUCUGUUAAUUGAAGGUGUGAUGCCACCGUUACGCAAGCCUCCACCUAAAUUGAUGGAGAGACCAAGUUUUGAGAGGGAAAGGACAAUGGUUCUUAAUGAACUUCUUGAACAAUCAGAUGAACAUUUAAGGAAGUUGGAGUUGCCACCGUUGCAACGCCAGUUCACCAGGGAGAGGACUUUGGUGGGCAAUGGGAACCCAUGGAACCAAAACGACUGUGCUAUGAGAAGCCUGUGCAAUAAAUCAAAACGGGGAGCACGCCACACAUUUGCUUCUCCACCUCAAAAUAUCCCCAAGAAAUAUCCACACAACACAAGAUUAAAGAAAUUGGAAACACACAAAGAUCCCAUAAUGGACAUAUCAAUGGACAGAUCCUCGUUGGCCCCACUUCCUCGAAUUACCAGGAACAAUUCGACUUCCGUCACCAGUAAAGACAAUACGGGCGAAAUAUCAAAUAGCUCCAUACAUCAGACUUCACCGUGUAAUACAAAUACAAACUUUAUAAAAGCAACCCAAACAGCAAGCAUCGAGAACAGUGGAUCUAUAGUUAAUACGUCGACACAUACUGGGGACAAUAUUGAUGUUAUUACACCACGGACACAUACUGGUGAAAGUAUUGGCGCAGCGUCGACACACACUUGAAAGAAUUGGUGCUAUUGCUAACUGAAACGUAGAUCAAAUCUGCCGAAACUAUUGAGGAAUAUAAUAAAACAAAGUAAUGGGACUCUUGUAAUUGUUUGGAUAACGAAAGAAUAACGGAAACUAUGAUUAUUUGGUAUUAGGUUGUUCGUAGCCAGUAGUUUCUGGGGUUCGAACGAAACAUGCAGUUUUCAUCAUUUUGAGCACUUUUCAAGUCAUUCUGAGCUGAAUUGUCAAAAAACUGAAUUUUUUUAACUGACCUUCACUAACUAACUCAUUAUGUUUCGUAAAAAAUACCAGUAAUCAAUUUGAGAAAAGUUAGAUAGGCUAGUAAUUAGUUAAUUUUCAUCAGCUAUCUUAUUUGGACUGCAGGUUGCUUUUGGCAGCGGCACUGUACGGUGCCAAAAAUAUUCUUAUGUACCGUCCGGAUCAUGAUUUCAGUGUGCCGAUUUCGGGUGACAAGAUGCCGAGAUUUUAUAUGAAACACGAUAACGUUAGUCUGACUAAACUAGAUCGUAUCGUUUUACCAAAUAUUUCUUAAAAUAGUUGACGCAGUGUAUAGCCAAAUGGCGCUAAAAUAUUGUGUACAGUUUGUUGUGUUUUGUUUCUAUUGUCCAUGUCAUGAAAUUAAUUAAUCAAUAAAUGGUAAAUCUGUGUUACCCUAAAUGCAAUUUAGUUUUAAU